AUGUCAUCGUUGCCACAUCCUGGACAACCGGGAUUGCUACUCGAUCCGGUAUCUUAUUCGAGGGUACCACCUAAGUUCAAGAGUGAGCUGGUUCGUGUUGGACCGAACAUGCUUUUUACAACCAAUCCAGAUCUCAUUCAUCAAAUGAACGCUGUGAGAUCUGGUUAUGUUAGGUCGCCGUGGUAUGGCGGGCAGAGAGUUGAAGCACAUAGUCACCAGGUAUUUUCAAUGGUUGAUGAAAAGGAGCACACGAAGCGAAGGGCCCAGGUCGCUAUUGGGUAUUCUGGGAAAGAAAUCGAUGGGCUCGAGACUAUGAUUGAUAAACAUGUCACUGCCUUUGUCGACUUGAUCAGACAAAAGUACAUCACGAGUUCCACGAUCAAACCACUUGAUUUCGCUCAGGCUGUUACAUUUUUUACCAUGGACACUAUUACAGACAUUGCGUUCGGAGAACCUUGGGGGUUCAUCGAAGCUGACGAUGAUAUUGGUGAGUGGUGUAAAUCGAUCGAGUCAGUCAUUCCAGCGGCAAAUAUGAUUUCAACACUUCCAUGGCUUUCCUACUUCCUAAACAUUCCCAUUAUAUCUCAGAUGGUCAUGCCUUCCGAUAAGGAUGAAAUGGGCCCCGGCAAGCUCCUAAGAAACAUCAAGAACGUUGUCAAUGAACGAUAUGGCAAUAAGAUUCAAAAGAGAGAUAUGUUGGGAUCUUUCAUUCGACACGGUCUUACCAAGUCGGAACUUGUUUCUGAGACUUCACUACAAAUCAUUGCUGGAAGUGACACUACUGCCGCAACUAUCCGAGCAACAUUACUAUACAUCGUUUCCAAUCCUCGAGUGUACAACAAGUUGCGCUUAGAAAUCGACUCGACCCUUACUACCGGCAAUAUCAUUCCAUCUUCGAUAGCCAGGGAACUUCCCUACCUUCAGGCUGUGAUCAAAGAAGGAAUUAGAAUGUGGCCAGGUGGUUCACUACCGGUUCCGAAAGUUGUCCCUCCAGGCGGUGAUACUUUUAACGGUAUAUUCUUACCCGGCGGCACGGAAAUUGGAAAUGACAUCUGGGGAAUGCAACAUAGCAAAACAAUAUACGGUUAUGAUGCUAACCGAUUUCGACCUGAAAGGUGGCUCGAAAAUUCAGGAGAAUACUUGCUUAAAAUGGAGAGUACGAUGGGACUGGUGUUUGGGACUGGGAAGUAUGGUUGUCUGGGUAAGAAUAUUGCUUUGAUGGAGUUGGACAAGAUAUUCUUUGAGCUUCUGAAGAAUUUCGAGUUUCAACUUAUCAACCCCGAUAAACCAUGGGAGAGUAAGAAUUAUGGCAUGUGGUUUCAAAGCAAUAUGCUAUUGAGUGUUGCGGAUAGGAUUUUGUAA